UCCCUAUCAGUUUUGACGGUGUCAUCAUGGUCGCUUACAACGUUCCCACCGCCAACGACGUUCUCGUCCCCGAGACUUUGUUGAAGAAGCAGAAGGCUGAUGCCAAGGCUGCCUCUGACUGCGCUGCCAAGAAGGCCGAGCUCCGCAAGGCUAAACUCGCCAAGAGACGUGACAUCUUCAAGCGUGCUGCCAAGUACCACGCCGAGUACAAGGCUGCCGAGAAGAACGAGAUCCGUCUCCGUCGUCAGGCCAAGGCCAACGGUAACUACUACGUUCCCGCUCAGUCCAAGUUGGUCUUCGUUGUCCGUAUCCGCGGUAUCAACAACAUUGCUCCCAAGCCCCGCAAGGUUCUCCAGUUGUUGCGUCUUUUGCAGAUCAACAACGGUGUCUUCGUCCGCUUGAACAAGGCCACCGCCCAGAUGCUCCAAUUGGUUGAACCCUAUGUUACCUACGGUACUCCCAACUUGAAGACCAUCCGUGAACUCAUCUACAAGCGUGGUUACGCCAAGGUCAACAAGCAGCGUGUUCCCCUUUACGACAACGCCGUCAUUGAACAGGUUCUUGGCAAGUACAACAUCAUCUGUGUUGAAGACUUGAUCCACGAAAUCGCCACCGUUGGUCCUCACUUCAAGGAGGCCAGCAACUUCCUGUGGCCCUUCAAGUUGUCCAACCCCAACAACAUGUGGCGUCCUCGCAAGUUCCGUCACUUCGUUGAAGGUGGUGACUCUGGUGACCGUGAAGAAUUCAUCAACCAGUUGGUUCAGUCCAUGAACUAAGUUUCUUUCUCCCCUGCAGUCAUGCAAUAAAAAACCUUGACGUUUGUUAAAUGCA